AAAACAGACAGGAGUAAAGCGGAGGCGGUAGAAGAAACAGUGGGCUCUUGCCGUUGUUUGUGUCGGCUUUAUCGUUAUCAUCUGGAGACAGAGGAGAGAAAGGAAAAGCUGCUCUUUACUGUAACGUCUAGAUGGAUGUGAAAGAAGAGACGUGUGAGGCUGACAUAAGUUUCACGGAGCAGUGGGCUGUACGUGUUAAGGUGGAGGAGGAGGAGGAGGAUGACAGUGGAUGGGAGUCUGUCCACCUUAAACAGGAGAGGCUGUACAUUAAAGAAGAAGACUGUGACCUGGGGUCAGUGGGCAUUAAAGAAGAGGCGGAAGAGACGACCGUUAGCAUUGAGACGCACAAAUAUGAACGUGUUGAGGAAGACGACCCUCCUGAUGGGUGUGAAGAUGGAGCAGUGGCCGGGUUUGUCUCAUCUCAGGGCAGACGCUGUUCUUCCAUCAAAGUUAAGUCUGAAUCGUUACAGUCAGACACAAAAAGGACUGACGAGGUUCCAUCUGUCAGAACUCUGGAAGAUCAGACACCACCUACAAAUAAGUCUGGAGAAAAAAUCAAACCUCACUGCUGUUCUGAAUGUGGCAAACAGUUCAGUCACCGGUGCACUCUUCUGAGACACAUUCGAAUUCACACCGGAGAGAAGCUUUAUUCCUGUUUUGAAUGUGGUAGAGAGUUUCUACAAAGAAGCCAUCUUGAGAGCCACAUAAGAAUCCACACCGGAGAGAAGCCAUAUUGCUGCUUUGAAUGUGGCCGGGAGUUUUCGGAAAGAAGCCAUCUACAAAGCCACACAAAAAUUCACACGGGAGAGAAACCGUAUUGCUGCUUGCAGUGUGGCAAACAAUUCUGUCGCCGGAGUCAUCUCUGGAGACACAUUAAGAUUCACACGGGCGAGAAGCCGUAUUCCUGUUCCGAAUGCGGCAAGAAGUUUUUGACAAUGAGCAACCUUCGGAGCCACACAAGAAUUCACACCGGAGAGAAGCCAUAUUGCUGUUCUGAAUGUGGCAAGCGGUUUGCGCAUCUGAACAGUCUUAAGAUGCACUCUUCAGUCCAUAUAGGAGAGAAGGAGGAAAUUCUGAAGGAGUAAGUAGUUUGGUGAAGAAGGAAGAAAUGGAGGAAUGAAUGAAUGAGAUUUAACCCUCUGAACUACUCGGAUCUUGAUGAGUACCUUCACAUGAGGGGCUUCAUUGUGCAAGAUCUACACCAAACCUCAUAAAGGCAAAACUACCCUUCUAGUAUGAAAAGGACCCACAAAAAAUCAAUUAUUCAGACUGCACAUUUCUCAAGAUGAAAAGAUGGCCACCUUCUUUCUUGGCACUUGGGAAGCUAAUGGUGAUAGCAGGAGUGCAAGACCUGCAAUGUGGUGGAAGUCCAGAUGGACAGUGUUGCUGGCAACAUCACCGUGGAACUGAUCAGACCACGAAAGCACAACUUGAGCAAGAAAUUGAGAGGGCUGGACACAGUCCAGUGGUCACUUGAAUAUAAAGAGGAGACCACAUCCUGCUACUUUUUAUAUGUUAAAUCCAACUAGAGGAUAUGCCUUGAUGGCUUGUAUGAAAUUGUAAUCUUCAAAAGGCAUCCCUAUACUCCAAAUUAAGCAAGGGGAUUAAUGUAAAGCAAAGAUCACUAAUUGAAUUAAAUAGAGAAAGUAGAUAAGUUAAAAGCAACACAAAUCUGCAACAAACAGAAAGAGAUGAAUCAAUGCAGGAAAAAAAAAAAUCAACACCCAGAAGCAAUGAGAGAACACCAGCCAAAGGUCUUGGAUGAAGGGGGGACCUCCUUAUGGUGUGGCAUGUUUGUGAAAGGAAUAAAACAAGUAAAGAGAAUGCCCUUCUAAACCGCAGAAAAGACCCCAUCGGUAGAGGACAUGAAAUCCAGGAAAUUAAAGAAGAUCUUCUGGAUCUCAUCGAUCUGGACAACUACACAGUAAUUAUGAGAAGAGAGAAGUUAUUUAAACUAUCAUUAACAAUACCAUACAAAAAACUGUAGCUAAGGUCAACAAGACCAUAACGGAAAUAAAGCAAAGACAACCAUAGAUGGUAGGACAUAGCAAGAGACAACGGGAUCAGAACUGGGCAGCAUAGCCCAUCACGUCUACUGUACCAGUGCAGAGGAAAGUCAAAGUAAGGAGAAAUUGACAACUCUGCAGUCCACCAUGGAUGAAAUAAUCGAUGAAGGGAUAUGUCGUAGUCAAAGCUAGAGGGAAGUUGUGAAAUGGCACCUUCAUAUAACAACUGGUGUCCCAUAUGAAGAGUUGAAUUUCACGGAGGACAAUUACAAAUUCAGAAUCCUAGCAGAAGUUUGGAGGUUAAGAUGCAUGCAGAGCAAGAGUAUUCAGGGGUAAUCGGAAAAAUGUUGUACACGAUGUUGGGUGGGGUACCCUUGAAGUACCUACACCACCAGAUGAUAAGAGAUUUACAUAUUUUAAAGAACACAACCAUAAAGAAGCAGACUGGUUAAACAAACUACAGACAGACCUAAGAUAGAAGGAACUUUAAGAAAUGGAGUGGCCCGAGGUGGCAAUCGGUGAACAAGAAACCACUGCUAACUGGUAAACACUCAAAUUAGACGGCCUAACCAACUUUUGACCCAAACAUUUCGUAGCAGUGCAUCAGGAUGUGGCUGAAUAUGGCAAUGUGUUUGUGAAACAUCUGCAGUUGACGCCACAGAGGCUGACCACAGGAGAGACAUCUCUGCUUCCAACAUCAGAGCAAACCAAAACACCAAAGGAUUACCAUCCCAUAACUUACUUGUCCACCGCAUACAAGCUCUUCAGAGCAGUAGAACUUAUCUUCUGAAUCACAAUUAACAUAAUGGCAAGAGAACAGAAGGGGAAACAAGUAAAGGUCAUAUGGCACAAAGGUCCAGCGGUUAUUAAGAAACAUAAUUAUGGAGUACUUCAAGAUGGACCAACAUCUGAGCAUGGCAUGGAUAGAAUUAAAAAAUAAACAAACAACCCUGCGACUCCACCAUGACAAGGACCAGAUCAAAUCAUAAAUACAAAAGUAAAAGGAGCAACAUUCCACGUUGACUUCUGAUCACCAUUCUUGUGCAUAGAACUAAACCCACAAAGCACCCUCAACUUCUGCUCAACCCUAGAUCUCGAAAUUAACUGAACCCUCAAACGUUUCUCUCGCAAGUUUCUUAUGGAUGAGUCGAAGCUGCACAGCACCCUAGGAGAAUAACUGCACUUGGUAAAACAAUUUUUACUUGCUGGUAGUCCUUGCCUUGACAUUCAGUUUUAAAAUUGUAGACUGGCUUGGAAGCGAAUCCCACAAACUGCACACCAACACAAGAAAACUGUUGCAUGCACUAGAGAUCAACAUUAGAGAUUUUACAUCCUGAAAUCUGAAGAAAGUUUUGGCCUGUGGGAAACGGAUUACAUAUUCAGAUCAACACUCACAGUGGACCUGACCUGAUGCACUCUAAAAGAUUGAAACGUAUGGAAAGUUUUAACCAUCAAACAAAAAAUGUUGAGAAAUUCGAGGCAUACCAGACAUUCUCCUGCCCUGUGUGCACUUGGUCAGUAGGACUCGCUAGGCAGCCGAAGUGACAAUUUCUUAAAUUGGACCAACAGAAAAGACAAUUGGCAAGACCUCAGAUGCAGUUAAUAGGGCCUGGCAGCAGACGUCAAUCGUGAGGCCGCUGCCAGACCCUUCUAAAUACGGUGGAAAGUGUGCUGCCCUCCUGCUACAGCCCUGUAUUGAAGUACCCUGGUGUGUGUGUGUGUAUCCUGUUGAUAUCAUUAUUGUAAAGGGAGGAAUGCCAUUGUUCUAUAUACGUGACAACCUGAAUUUUGCACCUAUAAACCUUGCACAAUCGUUUUGUUUGCUUAACUUCUUCUCCUGCUACUCCAGUUUUCCUCCUUCAAAUUCUUAAAAAAAAAAAAAGUGCAUAUAAUAUUAAUGCAUGUUAGACAUGAAAUUAAAAAUUACAUACUUGAAAUUAACUGAAUAAAAUUUAGCAUUCGGCCACAAAUGUAAACUGUGCUCUCUUUCUGGGAGACGUUUUUGGUGCUGUGGCUAAAGAGUGUAGGACACAAUUGGCAGUCGUCCAUGGGUCCAAAGACAACUUCAUGCUCUUAACCAUCUGGUUACCAAUCUCACCCGCCAUUGUGUCCAUCCCCUCCAAUUGGGGCUUAACGUCAUGACGCUGGCCACAUGUCACGCCCCCUUUCCCAGAAUUCUCCUCCUAGCGAGUUCCCAACUAGCAUGCAGACAUGCCGUCUCCCUCUCUCGUAAUAACCGAUGUCCUGGGUCCAUUAACACUUGCGACUUUCCAUCAAAUGAGCAAACCUUCUGUUUACCCGCAGUGUCCACGUGGCACAGUUCACUCACACCCGUGUGUCUGCUAAGUUGUCAUCUUACUAGAGCCCCUUGCUCCUGUACUUCCUCCUCUACCCAAAGGUAAACACUUCUCUUCAUAGCUAUUUAAACAUUUAAGAAAGAUGACUAUAAAUAGGCAAUAUAUAAAAAAUGCAUUAUUAUUAUUAAAUAAUUAUUUUCAUUCUCUCGUUGCUGCCCUGUGACAUCGCCCAUCACAGCCUGCAAAAUUCUCUUUCUGGCGGCACCCAGUUGAUGGGUUGGUUUUUCCAUCUUAAACAGUAUCUGUGGGAAAGAGAGUAGAAAUUUUAUUUAGUGGACGUUUACGAAAACCAAGAACGGGUUGGCCUGCACUUAUUAGUUUUUAAAGUUUUCUGCUUAGUGAUGGCCUGUCUUCUGCAUCCAAAUUAAGAUCUGAGCAGCUUAAUUGCUGCCUGCAUCAGGAGAUUCCGAUUCAUGACUGCCGCAUUAGACUGCUUGUGAAGGAUCGACCGUACCGUGGCGCUAUACGUUACGCGGAGUGCACGGUUCCAUUUUUAUUUACAUGGUUGUGUGUUUUCUUUCCAUUUGAGCAAAUGACUCUAGUCGCAGAACUUCACUCCAUUGAGGAGGUUGUUGCUUUACAUUAUACGUCAGUGAAAUGCCUCGUUACACUAUGGUUAAGAUUAGGGUUGGGGGAGGAGUUAUCUGACUCAAGUCGAGUAAACCAGGUGACAAAAACCUGCAAUCCAAUUGGCUACUGAAUCUCAGAGCUGUGGACCCUUCUCCAUUUGUGUAGUGUUUAAUUUCACACUGUUUUAUUGCACCCCCUUUCUUUUUCAUUCUUAUUUUUUUUAAAUAUCGUUCUUGUAAACCAUUCCCUGGUUAGAAUGUCACAAUUGAGCUUGUAUUUAUAUCUGUACUGUAUAUGAAAUGGAGAAAUUAUUAUCUUACCUGAAAUGUUUAAACUUUAUUAAACCCAUCCGUCUUGCA